AUGGCCAGAACUACAAAUUCAAACAGUGAGUCGGAUUCGAAGUCCGGUAGAUCAGGGAAGACUAACUCGGGUAAUUCCAAGACUAAUACCAAUGGAUCAGGAUCCAUCCAAGGGAAUAACCAAGGUAAGCAGAGACUCACUGCAGCACAACAACAAUAUUUAAAGAACUUGGUCGCUACACAUAUCACCGAUAAUCAUCCAAAUAUCGUGAAUCCACGUACCAAUCCUGCGGAUUUUGAAAAUUAUUCAGAUAAUUUCUUACGUAAUUAUAAAGAUCAUUUCAAUUUAAAUACUCCAGAUAAUAUGACGUUUAGAGGGUACCUGUUGGGUUCGAAAUUGGGUUCAAAGACUUAUUCAUUUGAAAGAAAUAUGAUAGGGAAACCUGAUGCAAGGAUACACAAGAAAGAGUUAUCGAAUGAAGUAAAAAAACAUUUUGAUUCUGCAUCCAUAAAAGAAAUGGAAUGUAUUCCACAAUUUAUUUACAAAGUAAAAAGUCAAAGAAAGAAAUUCAGAAUGGAAUUUAGAAGUGGGAACCAUCAAUAA